UGAGAGGCGUCCUUGUCGAGUCAUCAUCCAACACUUCACUCUCGUGAAUGGACGCCUUGGAUGUUGACUUCACCCCCCAGCCUUGAUAGAAAUCCAUCCGAAAAUUAUCCUGCCCCAAAAUCUGACGGAUAGCUCUUGUUGGCUCAAGCCGUAGAAGUUUAGCAGAAGGUUUCAAUACAAAAGAUCUGGGCCCCGGUUCUUAGAACCCACUUUGCCCUUCACUUUGUAUAAAUAUCUUGAACCCAACGCUACCACUCCGCUACCCUUACCUUCACUGAGUCGCCACUCUCUCUCAUAAGAGCAUUUAGAGAGACCCUACCACACGAUAUCCAGAACCACCAAGCAACGUUUGGUUCUUGACAUACAGUAACUAAACAAGGAGAGAUAACCAACAUGUCGACCAACGGUGUUACCUCCAGCCCCAAGCGGACCAAGAUCUGCGUCUACUGCGGCGCGUCCGCCGGCAACAACCCCAUCUACCUCGAAGCCGCGCGCCAGCUCGCCCGUACCAUGGCCGCCAACAACAUUGACCUCGUCUACGGUGGUGGCACAGUCGGCCUCAUGGGCGAAAUCGCCAAGACCCUUGUUUCCCUGUCCGGCCCUGACUCCGUCCACGGCAUCAUCCCCGAGGCUCUGGUCCGGUACGAGCGCGACCCCCACUACACGUCCACCCAGGUGAGCGGCGGCCAGAAGGAUUCCGCCGCCGACGAGGAGGCAAAGGCCAAGCAGCUUCCCGUCCCUGACGAGAACGUCUUUGGCCGAACGACCAUUGUCAAGGACAUGCACACGCGCAAGAUGAUGAUGGCGCAGGAGGUGUUAGCGGGCGGCCCCGGAUCGGGCUUCAUCGCCUUGAGUGGCGGCUACGGCACCAUGGAGGAGCUGUUCGAGACGGUGACGUGGAACCAGCUGGGUAUCCACGACAAGGGCAUCGUCCUGCUCAACAUCAACGGCUUCUAUGACGGUAUUCUGCACUGGAUCCAGAACAGCAUCCAAGAGGGAUUUGUCAACCAGGCGAAUGGAAAGAUCAUGGUGGAGGCGAAGAACCCGGAGGAUGCGAUCAAGGCGCUGAGGGAGUACAAGGUGUCCGAGGCGGUUUUCAAGCUGAACUGGAGUGAUGAGUAGGCAAGGAGGGUAGGAGACGAGGGAAGAUCGUUUUCUUGAGGUUUCCCUUUCCUGCUUGGGAAAGCAGUUGCUGUUGCCUUGCAUCGCGCAGCUUCUUUCUGGAUGGAUGACGGCGUUCAGGGGUCCUGUUUCUUAGGCUGGGCCAUCAGCUCUCGGUGUAACAGUUUGCUUGAUCGGUGGGAUUCGCGCCAUGAUGUCAG